AUGUUCAACCAAGUGGGUGGUGAAAUGGUAGCCCAGCAGGAGGGAUAUUACUAUGUCUACAGCCAAGUGUUUUUUGAAAAUUAUCAAGACGCUCCUUCAGGAAUCUAUCGCAACUCCGUGGAACUUUACGUCAAUGACGUUCGCGUAGGCGUGAUGCAGACAGGCAUCGACAACCGAGCCGAUUAUGGUACCGAAUACACCGGACAAGUUGUGAAGCUAAAUGUGGGUGAUCGCAUCGGCUUGAAGACCGUGUCCGAAAGUCGUAUCUGGCUGACAAGCUAUCACACCUUCUUUGGCGCUUACAGAAUCGAUUCAGAUAGUUGUUAA